UCCCAUUUCUCUACCAAACUUCUCUCUCUCUCUCUUUCUCUACAAUGGCCACUCCAACGUUUCUCCUCAAGGACGAGCUCGACAUCGUCAUACCCACGAUUCGAAACCUCGAUUUCCUCGAGAUGUGGAGGCCUUACUUUCAGCCCUACCAUCUAAUCAUUGUCCAGGACGGUGACCCUUCGAAGACCAUCAAGGUCCCUGAUGGGUUCGAUUACGAGCUCUAUAAUCGUAACGAUAUUAACAGGAUUUUGGGUCCUAAGGCAUCUUGCAUUUCCUUCAAGGACUCUGCUUGUCGCUGCUUUGGGUAUAUGGUUUCUAAGAAGAAGUAUAUCUUCACCAUUGACGAUGAUUGCUUUAUUGUUAAAGUAACCAUAAUCCUGACUUUAGACAGCAAUAAAAUACUUUAGUUAAUGGCCAAUUCUCACGAUAGAGACUUCUAAUAUCAAAAAGGUAUAAAUUGGAUUCUUGCUCUUGCGUAUGAACUGUCAAAAAAGAUUAAAAGUAACAACCAUUUCUCCAGUUGGAAAAUCACUACUAGAUCCUACAUCACAAGUAUAAUUA